CGUCGAGUCGUCGUUACCACUUACCAGAGACCAAUAUCCACAUUUCUUCUACUGGAAUAAGUGGGGCACUGAAGCUCCAAAACAAAAACAAUGGAGUCUCUGAAAUCCCCCUUCAUCUUCUCCACUCCCCUCCUUCCUCCACCUUCACAACUCCAUUCCCUUCUUCUUCUCAACAACAACAACAACAACAAACCCAUUCCCACUCGCAUUCACUCCUCUUCAGUCCAACGCGACCCAUGGUCCCUCCGAGACGGCGACCCCACCAAACCAAAACCGAAGUCCCUCAACCCCAAGAAGUCACUCUCCGACAACAACGCCCGCCGCAUCAUCAAGGCCAAGGCCCAGUACCUCAGUGUUCUGCGGCGGAACCAGGGUCCGCAAGCUCAGACUCCUCGCUGGGUCAAGCGGACCCCUGAGCAGAUGGUUCAGUACUUGCAGGACGACCGUAACGGCCAGCUCUAUGGGAAGCAUGUGGUGGCUGCGAUUAAGAAAGUGCGUGCGCUCUCUCAGAAGCUUGAUGGAGACUAUGAUAUGAGAAUGGUGAUGGGUUCGUUUGUUGGUAAGCUCACGUUUAGAGAGAUGUGUACUGUGCUCAAGGAGCAGAAGGGGUGGCGGCAAGUCAGAGAUUUUUUUGCUUGGAUGAAAUUGCAGCUUAGCUACCAUCCCAGUGUUAUUGUCUACACGAUAGUGUUGCGCCUGUAUGGGCAAGUUGGGAAGCUGAAUCUGGCUGAAGAGGUAUUCUUGGAGAUGCUUGAUGUAGGUUGUGAACCUGAUGAAGUUGCUUGUGGUACCAUGCUUUGUUCAUAUGCCAGAUGGGGACGCCAUAAGGCUAUGUUGUCUUUCUAUUCCGCUGUAAAAGAAAGGGGCAUAACUCUUUCCGUUGCUGUAUUCAACUUUAUGUUAUCAUCUUUGCAAAAGAAAUCACUCCAUAAAGAGGUUGUACAGGUGUGGAAGGAUAUGGUAGGGAAAGGGGUGGUGCCUAAUGAGUUUACUUAUACAGUAGUCAUUAGCUCACUUGUCAAGGAAGCGCUGCAUGAAGAUGCUUUCAGGACUUUUGAUGAGAUGAAGAAUAAUAGAUUUGUCCCAGAAGAGGUAACUUAUAGCAUGCUUAUAAAUCUAUAUGCUAAAACUGGCAACAGAGAUCAAGUGCAAAAAUUGUAUGAUGAUAUGAGGUUUCGAGGAAUAACUCCCAGUAAUUACACUUGUGCUACACUUAUAUCAUUGUAUUACAGAUACGAGGACUACCCUAGAGCCCUCUCUCUCUUUUCAGAAAUGGUAAGCAACAAAGUUUCAGCUGAUGAAGUCAUAUAUGGUUUGCUUAUAAGAAUUUAUGGAAAGCUUGGUUUAUAUGAGGAUGCUUGCAAAACCUUCGAAGAGACAAAGCAGUUAGGUCUACUCACCAAUGAGAAAACGCAUUUGGCAAUGGCACAGGUUCAUCUUACUUCGGGAAAUGUAGACAAAGCUUUGGAAGUAAUUGAACUCAUGAAGUCUAGCAAACUAUGGUUCUCUCGAUUUGCUUACAUUGUGCUUCUGCAGUGUUAUGUGAUGAAAGAAGAUGUAAAUUCUGCUGAAGGAGCAUUUUUAGCUCUGUGCAAAACAGGAGUGCCUGAUGCCGGUUCUUGCAAUGAUAUGCUCAAUCUUUAUGUCAGACUUAAUUUGAUAAACAAGGCAAAGGAUUUCAUUGUCCGAAUAAGGGAGGACAAUACACAUUUUGAUGAGGAACUUUAUAGGACAGCUAUGCGAUUUUACUGUAAGGAGGGAAUGCUGCCAGAAGCUGAGCAGUUGACAAAUCAAAUGUUUAAGAAUGAAUAUUUUAAAAAUUCAAAUUUGUUCCAGACAUUUUAUUGGAUUCUCUGUAAAUAUAAAGGGGAUGCACAAUCUGAUGAUAAACUCGUGGCCAUUGAGCCCAUGGACAAAUUUGACACUACAGCUCUUGGGAUGAUGCUCAAUUUAUUUCUGACAAAUGACAGUUUCAGCAAGAUAAAAACAUUAUUGAAACUACUGCUGAGUUCUGCUUGGGGGACAAAAGUUGUCAGUCAGUUCAUCACCAACUUGACUACAAAUGGAGAAAUCAGUAAAGCAGAAUUGAUCAACCAUCAAUUAAUUAAGCUUGGCUCCAGAAUGGAUGAAGCCACUGUAGCUACUCUAAUUAGUCAGUACGGCAAGCAACACAUGCUGAAACAAGCUGAAGAUAUCUUUGCAGAAUAUGUAAAUUUGCCUACAUCUAGUAAACUACUGUAUAACUCUAUGAUUGAUGCAUAUGCCAAAUGUGGCAAACAAGAGAAAGCCUAUAAGCUAUACAAGCAAGCAACAGAGGAAGGAAAUGAUUUGGGCGCUGUUGGAAUUAGCAUCGUUGUAAAUGCUUUGACCAAAGGAGGAAAACAUAAGGAGGCUGAGAGUAUUAUCCGCCGGAGUCUUGAAGAAAGCCCGGAGCUUGACACUGUGGCUUACAAUACCUUCAUCAAAUCCAUGCUUGAAGCAGGAAAAUUACAUUUUGCAUCUUGUAUUUUUGAGCGCAUGUAUUCCUCUGGUGUUGCUUCAUCAAUUCAAACAUAUAACACGAUGAUAAGUGUCUAUGGACAAGAUCAAAAGUUGGAUAGAGCUGUAGAGAUGUUCAACAAAGCUCGCUCGUUGGAUGUCCCGUUGGAUGAAAAAGCAUACAUGAAUUUGAUUGGCUAUUAUGGAAAAGCUGGUAUGUUGCAGGAAGCUUCACAUUUGUUCAGUGAAAUGCAAGAAGGAGGGAUAAAACCUGGAAAGGUCAGCUACAACAUUAUGAUCAACGUAUACGCCAAUGCUGGAGUUCACCAUGAAGUAGAGAAACUUUUCCAAGCCAUGCAAAGACAAGGCUGUCUGCCUGACUCUUUCACUUAUAUUUCCCUUGUCAAAGCAUAUGCAGAGAGCGUAAAUUACUCUAAAGCCGAGGAAACCAUACGUUCUAUGCAGCGCAAAGGCAUUUCACCAUCUUGUGCCCAUUUUAAUAUAUUAAUCUCCGCGCUCACGAAAGCUGGGCUGAUUGAUGAAGCCAAAAGGGUUUAUGAGGAAAUAUCAACUUUUGGUUUGAUUCCUGAUCUCAUAUGUUACCGAACAAUGAUGAAAGGUUACCUGGAACAUGGAUGCGUGGAAAAAGGAAUCCACUUUUUUGAAAGUAUACGCGAGUCAGCAAAAGGAGACAAGUUCAUCAUGAGUGCAGCUGUGCAUUUUUACAAAUCUGCGGGAAAUGGAAGCCAAGCUGAAGAAAUAUUGCAUUCAAUGAAGAACAUGAGGAUCCCAUUCCUCAGGAAGCUUGAAGUUGGAACGGCAGAGAGAGUGAUGACUACUUGAGAGUUGAGAUAUUAGUCAUAUAACAUACUGCAGAAAUGCAUGUGUCCUUGAUCAGCAAUAUGAUGAUCGAAAAGAGUUGGUUAUGAUUAUGGAACAUGUAUAUAGUCUAAUCAACCUGGUGAUGGUGAAAGGCUGAUAAUAGCUGCUUCUGUUUGCUGGCAAUGACGAUUGGACUCGGGGUUCAGAAUGUGCUUCUGCCGGUAACGCGGAGCCCAUUCUGGUUUGCUGCUGUGCAUCUGAGUUGAUCACAUAUGAAUAUGUCAGAGAAAUCUGUAUACUCAAUACUACCUUACUAAAGAAAGUUGCACCAAGGAUAAACAUGGGCCUUAGGAUGACACAUGACAGGUUUUCUGAGCAUGCUAGUCAAUAUUUGUAGUUCAUGACUGACUGUUAGUCCCCAGCAUUUUCUCAGGGCUAGACCAUAACAGGUAUAGGACUAUCCCCCACAUUUUGAGUUUACACUUUGCUUUGAAUGAUGUAAAGAAUGAUAAAUGAGAUUCUUUCCCCAAUUGUAUUUGAUCACUUAGUGGGAAUAGCUUUUGCUGUUGUCUCCAAA